AUGUUUUUCUUCAAGGACCUUUCACUGAACAUUACGCUUCAUCCGUCUUUUUUCGGGCCUCAAAUGAAGCAGUACCUGCGUACCAAACUUCUGCAAGAAGUAGAGGGGACGUGCACAGGUAAAUUCGGAUAUAUUUUGUGUGUUUUGGACUGUGAGAACGUAGAGAUUGAGCGUGGAAGGAUCCUUCCUGGCGACGGCUCCGCGGAGUUCACGGUCAAGUACCGAGCUGUGGUGUGGAAGCCGUUCAAGGGCGAAGUCGUUGACGGUGUCGUUUCAAGCUGCACAAAUCUGGGGUUUGAAGUGGACGUGGGUCCACUGUCGGUUUUUGUGUCACCGUUCCUUAUGCCUGAAGAUCUCUCAUACAACAGCGGUUCGAAUCCUCCGUCUUAUCAGAGUUCGGAGCAAAUUAUUACAAAGGGCUCUCGAGUGAGAUUAAAAGUCGUGGGUGCCAGAAGUGAAGUGAACUCAAUAUACGCCAUCGGUAGUAUCAAGGAAGAUUACUUGGGUGUCAUAUGA